UUCUCCGUGAAAAAAUCCCCUUGAUAAAAGUUUCCUAAAUCCUUCUUGUCAAUUUGAUUGUGUCGAUGUAAUCUUCUUUAAAGCCGAUACAAAGGCUACCCUACCAUCCGAUAAUGUGUACAAUUAUGCACACUCGCCUAAGCAGUAUUUUAACACCGGCUUAGGCGCGAAUGACUGAAGUAGGUGACGUCGUUUGGUAACGGAGGAAAAACAACCAGGUAGCGGGGAUAUUUUGACCGGUGAACGCACGGUGGUAUCUUUUUCGAAGCAUCUAACGCGAGUAGGCCUACGUCCGGAAAGUGAUUUUCGACCGACGGUUAGGGACCAACAUGCCCGGGAGGCUCCGCUACGUUGGACGGUACAUCAUCAACGACAGGACCCUGGGAAAAGGCAACUUUGCCGUGGUGGAGCUCGCCACUCACAGUAUCACAAAAACGAAGGUAGCAAUCAAAGUGAUUGACAGGAGCAAGAUCCGUGAGGACUACGUACGGGACAAUCUGUACCGCGAGGCCCGUAUCUUGGCCCAGCUAAGACACCCUAAUGUGGUUCGGCUCUACGAGACUAUAUCGUCUAGUUCCCUGUACUGCCUCGUGACAGAGUAUGCUGGCGGAGGAGAUCUUCUGUCCUUGGUGCGAGGGCAGCGGGAGGGCCGACUCACCGAAGCCGUGGCUCGUCCGUUCGUCCGUCAACUCGUCUCGGCUUUGCAUCAUCUACACGAGCGGGGAGUGGUUCAUAGGGACCUCAAGAUGGAGAACAUUAUGCUGGAUGAGAAGAGGAAAAACUUGAAGAUUGUUGAUUUUGGCUUGAGCAAUAUAUUUUCUCCUGACUGUUUACUGAAGACCCACUGUGGAUCACCGGAGUAUGCCGCUCCAGAGCUUUUCAUCACUGACCAGGAGUACGGUCCAGAGGUGGACAUAUGGAGUCUAGGCAUCAAUAUGUUUGCCAUGGUAACAGGGAGGCUGCCUUUCUCCACACCUUACUCAGAGAACAGGCGACAGCGACUGAUGCAGCAAAUCCAGAACGGACUGGGUGUCAUCCAUGGCAGGGAGAUGGCUCAUCUAUCUGACGAAUGCCAGGAGUUGUUGAGUCAGCUGAUUGAGCCGAGUCCAGAGCUACGGCUUCCCUUAUUGGACAUUGAGGUUCAUCCAUGGAUAACCAGUCUGGGAGAGACACCCUUCUGCCCCUACCAGCAACCACCAAAAGAUGCUGAUGUCAAAAGAUUGAUCAUCGACAAGAUGGCGUACCUGCUGAAUGUCAGCGCAGCCAAGAUAGAGACCAACGUGCACGAGUACCGGCUAGAUGAAGUCAGUGCCAUCUAUAACCUCAUGAUGGACCAGUAUCGACUGAGCAAAGGAUUCUGGGAUGUGGACCACACACUCAAGAGGGAGGUGAAACGCCCCAAGCCUGUCGAAGUGGUGGUGAGACCUAAGACACCACCUCAAGAAAUGCCAGAACCGGAGGAACAAGAGGAGCGUAUGGAAUUGAGAACUCCCACUGUCAUCGGAAUGGUUCAGCCGAGUAAACGAAACCAAGACAGGAGGACGUGUCUGUCGGCAGAUUUUGAGCUGUCUGCAGUUUCAUGUGAGGGGCGACCAAGACGGAACCGAGCAAAGACGGCAACCUUUCCCCAAACUGGGACCAAGACACGUCCUAUUGGAAAUGCUACAACAGCAAACAGCGUGUUGGCCAGGUACAACAACUUUGGACCACCGUCCUCAGCCCAGCAACCAAAAGUCUGCACCUGCCCAUCUGCAUCACCUGCAAACAAUACAAAUCAUCAUAAUCAGCCAAAGAAAUCAGAGAACGGGCAAUACGAUGGCCUCCAUCAGCCAAUAGGAGGGUCUGUUUCAAAUGAUAAAGAUAAUCAAUCCGACAUAGCCAAUGAGCACCAAGCACACUCAGGAGAUGGACCAAUCGGAGAGAGUGUUACAUCAAGGGAAUGCACCAAACCCCCUAUCAGAAAGAGAGAAGCUGGAGAAAUUGAUGAUCAAAUCUCUCAAAUCAAAACCAAUGCAGAGACUGCUCAUGACAUGAAGGUCAUUGACAUGGUGAAAUGUUUCAACUUCAAACACGGCUACAUUAUAAAGGAGACGGCGCUAUCAAAUAGCAACUCGAGGAAUGAUCAAUACACCCCACAGAAUGACUCAGAAGGCAACAAACCGUCAGUGAAGCUGUGUAGUGCGCAUAGAGAGCAAAUGCUUUCUGGAACCUUGCCCAAACAAGAUGUUCACUCCUGUCAGAGCAGUCGGGCCAACAGCCCUGCUAAGACUGCUGCUCAGAGGAAUGAGUUACUAAGGCAACAGAUGCAGCUGCCUACUCGGCCAGUGAAUGCCCACUUUCGCCCCCACCAGGCAAACCCAAGCCUACAGGAGACUCUGUUGUUAACCAAGAGAGCGUGGCACUCCCGUAACCCACAACAGAUUGUCAGAUCUGGACGAAGAACGACAGACAACUCUGGGCAGGGACUUGUCACUCGUUCGAGUCCUGCAACAAACGGACAUCAGUGCAUCUACUCUGCAUCCAGAUCAGGGAGUGAAUCUCCUAGAGCGAGGCUGCGUACCCCUAUUGCCACUCUCCAUUCGAUGGAGAAAGGCACUCAAUUCUCCACCACUGCCCAGGAAUGGCAGGGAGAUAACAUUAAGUCAGGAAAAACAAAGGAAGGUGCCAGGAGGAAUGCCAUGCCGCAACGACUGGAUUGGAAACGAUCCAGUGCAGGGAAGCCCAGAGGGUGGACUGAGGAUGGAGAAGCAAUGAUAAGGGAAGGUGCUGAGCAUGGUGGAGGUAUCAACACUAUGAAGAAGUUACAGGAGAUGAUGAGCAGGGAUAGCGUCCAUCAGACUGUCCCAAGUGGAAAUAUCAGAGUGAAGUCGGCUAAGAUUGGGACGCCGAGAUCCAUUGAGAGGUGCCAGAGUCCGCAGAGAAAAAGCACCAGAUCAGGAGCCGGUAGCAGGAGGGUGCCGUCAUCAGACAAACAUAAAUCCUGUACUCCGCAAGCAUACAAAGGCCCCUACAUUAUGGACAGACACAAAGGACAACACCAGAGAAGCCACACACAUCCUACCAGCAAGCAUGACGGAGUGAUUGACUUGAAUCAGCAACAUAUGGUCAGCCUGCUGCAAGAGGCCUCCGUCAAGUUUGAGGAUUCACUCAAGGCAGAGAGCAGGAAGAGCCAAGCUGUCAGAUCAGGGGAUCAGAGCAACUGGCGCAGGGGUAACAAACCAAACCAGACUCCAAGGCAAACCCAGAAGCAGCAGCAACAGCAGCAGCAGCAGCAGCAGCAGCAGCAGUAUGUUGACGAAGGUGACCUGGAUGAAGGCACAGUGGCUCUGCAACUUGGACAGAGAGUGCAGUUAGUGAGGGGUUCCCUGGCCAUCAACUCCAAGCCACCUCCAAUCCUGUCCAACAACAUGGCCCCGGAACAUGUAUUCAAUGUGCAGGCCAGUAGGGAUGUGCAAGUUGUCCAGAAGAGGUCAACCAAAAAUAAGCGGCAUCCAUCUAGGAUUGUUGAUAAAAAGAUCAACAAGGAGUGGGAUGCAGGUUACCGACUUGAGCGUAAAGUCAGCGAUACUAUCAAGCGAGUUGGAUCAGCUGUUGGCAAGACCCCAGAUCUGUUGCUGAAUUGUACCUAGGACUGAGGCUCAUACCAUCAACCUAUUGGUUUCCAAGCUUGCUUUAUUCUGUAUUCCAAAGCUACAAACUCCAAAACUUUCUGUAUUAGGUUGAAGGAAGAAAAAGUGUAGCUGGACCUCAACCCCCAUAUUGCUUCAGACAUGUUAUACCAGCCUUGUUGAUUUGUUUUCAAACUUUUGAUAAAAGGAAGAACUGAAGCUGGAUUCUGACCUGCAACAUCUGGAAUGCUGUAAUGUUGCUCUACCAACUGAGCGUUCAUCCAGCUUGCUAACAUUGCAAGCAUUAUGACCUUAUGACCUUGGGCGAGUGUUGUAGUCAAGUCCAGCACAAGUCUCUACAAGUCCAUCACAAGUCCUUCUGUCUCGAGUCAAGUCACUAGCUAUUCAAAUGAACUGUUACAAAAGUAUUCUUUUGUCAUUGUUCAUCCCAUAAUUUGUCACGGUACUUAUGAAAGGACUCUACUACUGCCUUGGACAUGAUCCCAGUGCACAUGACAUGUAGUCGUUUCAUGGCAUCAAAGUGAAGACAUUGAAAUAUUGUGGGAUUGGCAAUAUUUGAGUGAUAGAGUACUGAAGUCUGAGUCAGCCGUCAUUGUUCUGGUUCACUCGCUGGUUCAUUCACACACUUCAGCUAUGCGGGUGAACCAGAAUACAUGGCACACUCUAUUCGGACUUCUGAGUAUCACACAAAGAUUAAAUAAAGUAAAAGAGCUUUAACGUAAAAAAAUGACAAUUAAGGUGAAUUAUACAGACAGUAGUUAGCGAGUGCAGCCAAAUGUAUGGACAAUUAUGUCAUUGUAUUUAAUUUAUCAUGAGGAAUGGAAAGAGCAAAAUAAAAAACACUAGUAACAGAAUUUAAAAGCA